AAUUAACAUGAAAAUUAAAUAAUAAAUAAUAUAUUUUUAGAGUUAUAGACAUUAGACCGAUGACGCCACCCGACACAACAUAGUCUUAGUAUUCCUUUUUCGAACACGGUUAAUUAAAUAUUCGAAAAUUUCAAACCAUUUAAAUAAUAUCUUAAUUUCCAUCAUUGAAUCUUUGUCUGAGUUUUCGAUUACUUUUUCCCACCAAUUGUCGACGUUUAAUAACUGAGUAAUGUGACACAUCGUUUUUGAUUUGAAUUUUCGACACCCCAACGAAACGAUGGAAUCGUCCUCGUCGGGUUACCAAAACCUGAAUGAAUCCGACCGUAGGAUCAGUAAUGUCUUCACCGCUAAGAAACAGGCGCAAGACUUCGAAAUGAGCAACGUGUCCGUUGUGCCCGAUGAAACGUUUACGGUUGCUCAAGCUGUGGAUGCUUUUGGAUUUGGUAGAUUCCAAGUAAAGUUAUCCCUUUUCACUGGACUUUGUUGGAUGGCUGAUAGUAUGGAAACAACCAUAUUGAGCAUUUUGUCACCCACAUUGCAAUAUGAAUGGCAGAUAACACUUUUUCAGCAAGCACUUGCAACAACUGUUGUUUUUAUGGGUAUGAUGUUGAGUUUGCCAUUUUGGGGAUUUUUCAGUGACAAAUUUGGCCGAAAAACAGCUUUGACACUAUGUUCGGUGUUAUUGUUUUACUUUGGUAUUCUUAGUUCAAUGUCACCUAACUACUCAUGGUUAUUAAUCUUACGAGGAUUAGUUGGAUUUGCUAUUGGUUGUUCUCCACAGUCUGUUACGUUAUAUGCAGAAUUUUUACCUUGUAAACAGCGAGCCAAAUGUGUAGUAUUACUUGAUUGUUUUUGGGCGCUCGGAGCAUGCUUCGAAGUUCUCUUAGCCCUAAUAGUGAUGCCCACAUUAGGCUGGAAAUGGCUUUUAGUACUGUCCACAGCACCAUUGCUUGGUUUCGCAUGUGUGUGUCCGUGGUUACCAGAAUCAGCCAAAUAUCUAGUGACCAAUGGUCAAACAGAUAAAGCGAUUGACACAUUAAAAAAAGUUGCCCGCGAUAACGGAAAACCAAUGCUCUUGGGUAGAUUGGUCGUUGACGAUGUGGUUUUAGAAGAAAAACGUGGUCGUUUCACUGAUCUUCUAUUGCCGCAACUCAGAGUCUCAUCUAUUUUACUCUGGUUUAUUUGGUUGGUGUGUGCAUUUUGUUACUAUGGCAUUGUGUUAAUGUCUACAGGGCUGUUUGAAAGCAGUUACAAUAAUAGAACAUGUUCAUCAAAUUUUGAUGGUAGAAUUUUUAAGACUGUGCAAUCUUGUACUGCCGAAUCCCAUUAUUUGACAACUCGAGACUACAUUGAUCUUCUGUGGACAACACUUGCAGAAUUUCCUGGGAUAUUUGCCACCAUUUUUGUGAUUGAUAGAUUUGGUCGAAAGAUUACAUUAGUUUCUCAAUUUACAUUAUUUGCUUUUACUUUAUUUUUACUAUUUCAAUAUGCAAAAAAUCGUGUAUUGUUGACGAUCACAUUGUUUUUGGCAAGGGGCAUAAUUGCAGGAGUGUUCCAAGCCAUUUAUGUAUACACUCCAGAAGUAUAUCCAACACCAUUAAGAUCCAUAGGGGUUGGAACUUGUAGUGCUAUGGCCCGUUUAGGUGCUAUGAUUACACCAUAUAUUGCUCAGGUAUUGCUCAAGUCAUCUUUUAAUACUUCAAUAAUUAUUUACAUUACUGCAGCUUUACUGGCGGCUGUAGCAAGUUCAUUAUUGCCAAUAGAAACUAAAGGAAGGGACAUGAAAGAAGAAUAUGUGGAAAGAGAUUAGUUUUAAUUUUAAAACUGCAUUUAUUUUAUACAAAUUGUAUUAUUUAUUUUAUCAGAAGUGUAGUUUACCAUUCUCCAAGGAAUUUUAAUUGUUAUUAUUAUUACCCUAAGUUGUUUUGAUUUUUCAUAACGAAUAAUAGUAGUUUUUAUAGUAUUUAAACAAUGUAGCAAUUAUUAUUUAUUAUUAUGAAGUAAGAUGGGCCUAAUACAAAUUUAAAUAUUAAUCUUAAAACUAAAGAACAUUACAGUAUAAAUUAUAAAAACUUUAAUAUCAUAUAUAGGCAGUGAUAAAUAUUUCAAAAAGGAGAAGUUUAGUCCCUCAUUGGCUAUUUUCAUCAUUCGUAAAAUAGAAUUGUUCAACAAAUAAUUCAUAGAACAAAAAAGGAGACACCACAUGAAUUAAAAACUGGGAUUCUAAAAUUAAGUACGUUUAAACAAAUAAAUGAGUCAAUUUAGCCAUUAAUGAGUUUUGAUAGAAAUAAUAGGUUUUUUAAACUCAUAACUAUUAAAAUUAAUUAUAAAAAAAGAUUUAAAUAGAGAUAAUAAAAUAUGAAUAUUUAAAGUUUUUGAUUAAUCUAUGCUUUAUUUACGUUAAGAAGGUAGAUUUUUUAACUUAAAUAUACAAUAGUUUGUAAAGUGAGUGUUGUCUAACUGCUCCUUAGCUAAAACAGGUCACCAGUAAAUUCCCUUUUUAGAGAAAAUAGAGUAUAAUUUGACCAUAUACUUGUACUCAUGAUGUACCACAGUAUUAUUCAAUAACAUUUACAAUUACUCAUAUUAAGUAAUAUGGAGAUAUACUAUCUUAAAAGAUAAGGUUUUCUAUUGGCCUUUAGACUUUUACCAACAGUGCUAAGAAGAUAAUAAAUAAUAACAAAAUUUAUAUUAUCAGUCUGUUUACAGACAAGAUCAUUGUGAUUAAAUUUGGCAGCUAUGAAUUCUCAGUCCUAGUAGGAAAUUCUGAUUGAACCAUAAUUUUAAACUUGAAUUACAUGAAUUCAAAAUAACCAACAGUAUGGUAAACUACACAUGAUCUAUAUUUUAUUUUAUUAAGUUUUAAAGACUGUUAUGAUUUUUUUAGUUUGUUAGAAAAAAUGUGUCAAAUUAAUAUUGACUUUAUAAGAAAUGAAGCUUUUUUAUUUUUACUUACAUAUAUAUUAAUAAAAGUAAAUAUUGUAUUGACCUAACCCUAAUUAAUAUUUAUUGUUUUUGUAAUUUUAUUUUUUACACAUCAAAAAUUUAUAUGGAUUUCUGUGUAUUAAAUAAUGACAAAUAAAUAAAUAAACAUAAUUUAUAUUUUCAAAA